AUGCCCACCUUUCUCUUUUUCAAGAACAAGAGCAUCGUUGACAAGAUUCGCGGCGCAGAUCCUUCCAAGCUGGCCGAGCUCGUGAGGAAACACGACACGGGCAAGGGACCUAGCGGUGGCUUCCCAGGUGGAGGACAGACGAUCGGUGGAGCAGCAGCAGCAGCGUCCACUGGGCCUAGCGCUGGCAUCCAGUUGCCCAACUCCCUCGAAGGCGUCGCCACAGAGAAUUUGUUGCCCCUGCUCGUCCUCAUAGCAUAUUUGGUCUACGUCUUCUGGCCCAAUUGA